AUGGCCACCAAGGCAGCGCACAAGCGGUUGACAAGAGAAUAUCAGAAUAUCCAGGCGAACCCUCCCCCGUACAUUGUGGCACAUCCUUCCGAGGCGAAUAUCCUAGAAUGGCACUACAUCCUCACCGGCCCUCCUAACACUCCAUAUGAAGGCGGCCAAUAUUGGGGGUCGCUGGUGUUCCCACCAGAUUACCCUUUCGCACCACCCGCAAUCCGGAUGCAUACCCCGAGUGGACGAUUCCAACCUUCGAGUAGACUAUGUUUGAGCAUCAGUGACUUCCACCCCAAGUCCUUCAAUCCGGCAUGGUCGGUGUCCACCAUCUUGAUUGGCCUGAUGUCAUUCAUGAACAGCGAAGAGAUGACAGCCGGGAGCAUUGGGGGAACACCUGCGGAGCGGAAGUGGUACGCUGCGAGGUCGAGAUGGUGGAAUUCUACAGGCGGCGGAUCAGCUUCCAGGCCGGUCCCGGGGGUGCAGGCCACUACCAAAGGAGUAGGAAACAUAAAGGCCGGAGACGGAGGCGUCAAAUUCAGGGCAGAAUGGCCAGAUGAGGACCGAGAAAAUUGGGCAUGGAUGGCGCAGCACCAUAUUGAUCCUGCAACCGGACGGAUGGCUCCCGACGCAGAGGGCGAGAAUGUCAACUGUGCCCCGGAAACUAAAGCGUUGCGUCGAAUAUUGGGAGGCAGUACUACAGGUGUUGGAGCGGUGGUUUCAGGAGGACAGGCUGCGCGGACCGCAGGACAAGGUUGGGUUUGGCGGAACAAACUCUGGUUAGUAGCCGGUUGCCUGGCCGUGUAUUUCAUGGUGGCAAGGGUGUUCGGCGAGGAAGAUGGCGUCUAG